GUUGUAUGUCUGGAGAACUCCGUCAUGUCAACAUGUAGAGCAAGCGGGCGGUGGGCGGGCAGCUCUCCGCUCCGCAAUGGUUGGCCACUAAAACUCCAUUCCGCACAGAAAGGCCAGACUGCUUCACCAGAACAGCCUCCCACUUUCCAGGCUCAUUGCCGUGCAUCAUACCUCCCCUCCGGUCACAUCACACCCAUUGAACCAUCACCAUGUCACGACACGCCCAAGUCGAGGAGGUCUACGACUCCGACCCCGAGGAAGUUGCUCCCUCCGACUCCACGCCCGCCAACUUCCCCAACGAAUCCAUCCUCUCUGGGGCCGGAAUUCCCAUGUCGGGCUCAUUGCCCAUGAGACCGGCUCCUGAACCUCAGCGCGAAAUCCCCAAACAUUAUCAGUGCUUGUACCCGGUAUAUUUCGACAAGACGCGAUCCCGCGCUGAGGGUCGCAAGGUCGGAAGUGAGCUGGCGGUUGAGAACCCGUUGGCUAGGGAUAUUGUCGAUGCGGUGCAGAUGCUGGGGCUGAAUGUUGGGUUCGAGCCGGAGAAGCUGCAUCCGAAGGAUUGGGCGAAUCCCGGACGUGUGCGGGUGUUGUUGAAGAAUGAGGAGGGCAACUUGGUGAACCCGAGGAUUAAGAACAAACACCACCUCUACAUCCUCGUGGCCCAAUACCUCAAAGCCCACCCCACUACCGAAGAAUCCCCCUACCGUCUAAGAAUCAGAGGACUCCCCAUGCCUGAGAAAUUGCCUGCCGCGCCUUCGGCUCCUCGUGGAUGGAAGAUUGGAAGCAUCCUCCCGAUACACUCUCCGGCGUACAGUGGUGGCGGAGUCAGCGAUAACCCGCUCAAGGACGCCAUGGCCGAAAUGCAGAACAUGCAGGGUAUGCCCGGCAUGCCCCAGAUACCUGGAAUGCCGGAUCUGGCUGGCUUGAUGGGAGGAGAACCCCGCCACUGCGACCGACGGACCAUGAACACCAGCGCAUCGAGCAUUCUGUCCGGCUACGGGCAGAAAAAUGAAGACAUCAAACCGAAAUUUCUGCUGAACUACGACUCCACGCCUCCAUCGGCUCCACCCUCCACUACGCCCAGGAUCGGGAAACCGGGGAGUCGUCAGAUCACCCGCAAUCGCGCCAGCUACAGCUGUCAUACCUGUCGGAGGCGGAAGGUUAAAUGCGACAAGGUACAUCCGAUUUGCGGCAACUGCGUGAAAAACGGAACCGAAUGUGUCUACGAUACGGCGCCCCAGAAGAACGUCGAGUCGCGCACCGGUCAGCCGAAGAACGGACAUGGCGUGAAACGGAGGAGAGAAUCCUCGCGACCACUCGAGGACGACAUCGACGACUUACAAACCAUUUACGGCCAUUUGAGACAGAAUGGGGCUUCCGAGCAGCGGUCGCAAGCGAUCGAAGCGCGUUUGGAUAAACUUACGUCGAUGAUCGAGAGGCUCAGCAAAUCGAAUCAGCCGUUGGAUCCCGCAAAACGGCAAUUGCUGGCGCAUAAUAUCAAUCUUGAUCAGCCGAAAGGAGAUCCUCGGUCGGGCAACGGUCCGACCUUGAAGCCGCCCGGUGACUCUCGUUCGGAUAGUCCGCGUCGCGCGGCGGAGGCGAUUGGCGAUGAGUUCCCGAUUCCUGCUGGCCACGCGACGGACUUGGUGGAUCCAGUGGGGAGUCUGAAUCUCGGCCACUUGAGUUUGGAGGAUGGAGGGAGGUCCAGAUACGUCGGGACGACUUAUUGGGCUUAUAUCUCAGAUGAGAUCAACGAACUCAAUCAAUUGCUCCGAGAUCAAACUCGCUCACACAAUGAGCCUCCAUUCAAUCAGAGCCCCGCGGACGAUACGGCGGCGGAACCUACGUCUUCCACGUCGAGUCGUCAAUGGAAAGCACCAUCUGAUGGUAUUGGUGAAUCUUCUGACGCGAAGCUUACCAGAGGACAAACGUUCCAGAAGUCUGUGCUGUUUCCCUCAAGCGAAUCGCCGUCUGUUAAUGACAAGGUCGUUGAGCCAGAGAUGCUGGAGAAUAUGCCCACGAAACGUCAAAGCCAUAUAUUGUACAAAGGGUUCAUGUCUGGAAUUCAUGCCAUUACUCCUGUUAUCCAUCCCCCCACUGUCCUCAGAGUGUACAACUCCUUCUGGGAUUGGUAUGAUUCCAGCAGUUACUCGGGGGAGCCUUGCCCUGACCCAUCCUUUAUCCCGUUACUCUAUGCCAUCUGGUAUGGCGGAUCUGUCACAAUAUCAAUCCGGACGAUCAGGGCAGAAUUCAACGUUCCCUCUCGCUCGGGGUUGUCCAAGGCCUACAGCGAGGAGGUAACCCGAUGGCUGUCCAAGAUCUCUUUCCCUCGGAGUCCGUCCCUGCAAGGACUGGCUGCAUAUCUUCUGGUUCAGACGAUUCUUUCCAAGGAAGAAGAGCCUUUAACAAGCAGUCUCUUCGUCAGUCUGGCCAUGCGAGUCGCACAGACCAUGGGUCUGCAUCGAGACCCUGCGAAGUUUGGCAUUGGUCCCUGCGACGCAGAGAAUCGCCGUCGGAUCUGGUGGCAUAUCGUGCACAUGGAUGGCGUUGUGGCCAUGUCUAGCGGUCUGCCUCCGUUGGUUAGUGAGGAGAACUAUUGGGAUGUUCGCGAGACCAGUGAAGUGAAGGACACGCUACUUGGUAGUCCUGCUGCGGAGAAAUAUGAGAGACUGGUAAUGACAGGCAUGAGGCCACCGGAUAAUCCCGAUGAUCCGACUAUUUGUGGAGGACCUUCUAUGGUGAACGUAUACUACCUCUCGGCCCGUGGAAAGUAUACAAUGGCUCGCGCUGUCCGCCGGAUUAUGAAGAUCCAGCUUGGCACGAAACCUGUCACGAGAAGAGAUAUGGAGGAACUGAGGUCGAUCUUGGUCGAUUUGCAAUAUAAGCUAAACUCGAUUAUCAACCGAAUUCCAGAGGCCAAGUCUCUGGAUACGCCUUCUGUGUCAUCUACGAGAUCAUGGUCUCUAUCCUCACCCACAGAGGUCCACACAGAACUGCCGGCAGAUGGGCCCAACGGCUGUUCAGAGCAGUACCAUUCGCCUGUUCUUGUAUCAUUCCACAAGUGGGCGCGGAUUCUCUUGUCUCUCUUCAUUGACAAAGCUUUCUGCGUUGCCUAUCAACCGUUCCUUAAGAACGCCAAAAGUCGAAUUUGGCCAGCUGCAAGACAGAGCGCACUUCGCCACUGUCAUGGUUUCAUGGAAAAGUUCGUCUCAUUGGCGACCGACCCCGAUUUCCAGCCCUUCCAAUGGAGUUGGCCCGGGAAUCAUCAACCGAUGCAUGCGACCAUGAUCAUGCUCAUCGACCUCUACGAACGACCCUAUAGCCCUGAGGCUCCCAAAUCUCGAGCAUACAUCGACAAAAUCUUCUCAAUGACCGGGCCUGACGGCGGCGUUGUCGGUGGCGAAGAUGGUAUCUCAACCCAACGGCCGCUGAAAGACGGCGGCCGCGAAGCAUGGGACAUGAUCCGCCGACUGCGUCAAAAAGCAUGGCAGAAAGCUGGCCUUGACCCUCACAAACUAUGGUCCGAACAGGCGCAAAUCCAAGCCGGAGUCACUUCCAUUCCCGAUGAUUAUGCCAACGACCCCUGCUACACCAGCGGGACCCCAACCGCCGCCUCUCCCUCGACAUACCCUACCCUCACCUCCCGACGACAACUAGCCGACUUCUCCAAGACAUUCUACAACAUGACCCGCUCUCAUCUCCUCCCCAACCCAGCCACCAACCUCCGCCGCAGUCCUCUCCGCUACCAACUUCCCCCUCCAGCCCCUCCCUCCAUCCUCCCCACUUCCCAAAUGAUCCCUCCUCCUCAUCAUCAAAUUCCCCGAUCUCCAACACCCAAACACCCCAUGGACACCUCCCCCCUCGCCGUCUCCCCCAUCUCCUCCCCCGAAAGCAUCGCCCCUCUCAACCCCACCAUCUUCGCCAAUACCUUCCCCCAACCCCAACCGCCCCCAUCCAUAAGCACUCCCCCAGCGCCCCUCCCCUCAUUCCUGGACACCACCGCCGCGGCCGCCUCCCCAGCCAGUCAGCCCAUCACGGGGGUCCCCACCCCGCCGUCAAUGGUGGACCCGAACUUAAACUUCGACUGGGACCAGUGGGACGCCGUUUUCGGCCAACACCUGCCCGUGGCGGACGAGUUGAUGGAACUGGACCCGGUCGCGGGUUUCGAGUUCGGGGACCUGGGCAGUGUCGUGAGGGGGUCAGGGUCAGGGGCGAGAUCGGGGAGUAGUUUGCUGGGGAGUGAGGCUGGGAUGAGUGAGGUGCAUGGUUCUGAUUGGGUGGGGUAUUGUUGAUCUGGUUGAUGGGGUCUUGGAUAUAUCCUUGUUUUGUAUAUACUAAUCUUGGGGUUUCUUGUAAUAAUCUAUGUGUUGAUGAUCUGGUGUUGACUUCAUGAACGGGAUGUCCAUCUUUGUAUAGGGGUGUCCUCCAAUCAACGAGAUCGUCAGUUUUAGGUUGAGAAACUACAAUUU